AACCCAUCAGAAUUCUUUGGUCUUGCUUCGUCCACAAUUUUCUUUUUCUUCUUUAAUUGAUAAAUUAUAAUGGCAGAGUUCAGCAGCAAGAAGCGAGUCCGAGUUGACUCGGACGAAACAGUCGAGGCUGGAUUUGACGCCCCCGAGGUAAAGCGUUUGAGGGAAGAUCUCUUGGGUAAUUUUGACGAUGGCGAGUUUUAUACGGCGAGUUUGGAGCUUGAUUCGUUUAUGAAGAGCUUUGAGGAGGAGAUUUUAUCUGGGACGCCAACGACAACUACGACGGCUGUGGCUGUAGUUGACUUGACGUCGUCGGAGUCCGGCGAGUCUCUGCCGGAUUUGGGUUACCUGUUGGAAGCUUCCGACGAUGAGUUGGGGCUUCCGCCGACGACGAGUGAGGGGCAAAAUGGGAAUGAGGAGGAGAAGACUGAGUUGGUCCGAGUUGAGUCUGACUCGUCUGGACUCAGUGGUGAGUUGUGGGGGUACGGCCAGGAGCUACCGAGUUAUGACUCGUUCGAUGUUGGAAUCGGUGAAUUUGGGGAUUAUAUUGGCGGCGGAGGCGAAUACGUGGCGCUAGAUGGAUUAUUUGAUUACUCGGAUCUGAGUUUCGGUUCAACUGAUUUCACGUGGAGACCCGAGACUCUGCCGGCCAAGUAGGAGGGACAAAUUUUGGUUUCUUUAGCUUCAGUGAUGUAACUGAUACGUUAGGCAGACACUAUUGUAAAUCUUUUGUUUUUUUGAUACUUUAAAACAUGACGAAAAUACUUAUACACAAGCAGAGGAAAAUGGAUUAAUUAUGGAUAUUA